AUGGGCAAACUAUUUAUGUAUUAUUUAUCAGGCACCAAUAUAUUUAGUUGUGGAACUUGUAAAGUUCAUUUAGCUUUAUUUGACCAAUUGAUAUCAACAGAUUUCCAAGGCAGAUAUGGUCCUGCUUAUCUUUUUGGUGAAUGUGUAAAUGUUAUUGUAGGAGAAAGUGAAGAUAGAAAUCUUACCACAGGAAUGCAUGUGGUUGCCGAUAUUUAUUGUGUACGGUGCGAUGAACAUCUUGGUUGGAAAUAUGAAUUUGCAAAGGAUGAAUCACAAAAAAACUCUAAUAUAGUAGUAUUUGUAUAUAUUUAA